AUGGCGCGCUGCGAGCGGCUGCGCGGCGCGGCCCUGCGCGACGUGCUGGGCCAGGCGCAGGGUGUCUUGUUCGACUGCGACGGGGUGCUGUGGAACGGCGAGCGCACCGUGCCAGGAGCCCCCGAGCUGCUGCAGCGGCUGGCGCGGGCGGGCAAGGCCACGCUGUUCGUGAGCAACAACAGCCGGCGCGCGCGGCCGGAGCUGGCGCUGCGCUUCACCCGCCUGGGCUUCUCGGGGCUGCGAGCUGAGCAGCUCUUUAGCUCCGCGCUGUGUGCCGCGCGUCUGCUGCGCCAGCGUCUGCCUGGGCCGCCCGAGGCAUCGGGCAGCGUGUUCGUGCUGGGCGGCGAGGGGCUGUGCGCCGAGCUGCGUGCGGCGGGGCUUCGCCUGGCGGGGGACCCCGGUGAUGACCCGCGCGUGCGCGCCGUGCUCGUGGGCUACGACGAGCACUUUUCCUUCGCUAGGUUGAGCGAGGCGUGCGCGCACCUGCGCGACCCCGACUGCUUGCUGGUGGCUACCGAUCGCGACCCUUGGCACCCGCUCAGCGACGGCAGCCGGACCCCCGGUACCGGCAGCCUGGCUGCCGCAGUGGAGACAGCUUCAGGACGCCAGGCCCUGGUGGUGGGCAAGCCCAGCCCCUACAUGUUCCAGUGCAUCACUGAAGACUUCAGUGUGGACCCCGCCCGCACGCUGAUGGUGGGUGACCGCCUGGAGACCGACAUCCUCUUUGGCCACCGCUGUGGCAUGACCACCGUGCUCACACUCACAGGCGUCUCGUGCCUCGAAGAAGCCCAGGCUUACCUGGCGGCUGGCCAGCAUGAGCUCGUGCCUCACUACUACGUGGAGAGCAUUGCAGACUUGAUGGAGGGGCUGGAGGACUGAGGCCCUACAUAGAUGGAGGCUACAGGCUGUGAGUCACAUUCGGCACCAUGAGCUCCCUGGCACGGGUAUCUGUACCCCAGUGAAGGGAGGCUGAGAUCCAGGAAGGUUUGUGGGCCCUCACACCCCUCCCAGCAGUGGCUGGACACUCUGCUCUUCAGAAACUGAACCCCCAUAUUUUGAAGGUUCAUCCUGGCCCGACCCCACCAGGUGGCCUUAUUUCCUGCCCUGUCACCUCCCCUCCUUGAACUAUAUAUGAGUCCUGAAGCCAAAUGAAGAUUUUUGUUUGUUAUUUUCCCAACCCUGAGUUCUAAGUUCAUCCCCUUCUGGGACCUCUGUCCCCUGAUGUUGACCAAUCAGAGGUCUAGAGAACUCCAGCCCAUUCCUGGCCUAAACAGGCCUAUGGGAGAAAGGACAGCUACUGGUAGUGACUGGUAUGUUAGGGUCUCACAGUGGGCCCUUGUGGACCAAGCAGGAACUCAAGAAACGCCUUGCAUAUCUUGGGGCCCCCGUCACAAGGCCAAGUGACACUGAUUUCUGUAUGUCCACCAGGACAACACUUAAUAAUGACCCACUGGCUUCUUAGAUCCCAAAUAGAAAGGUCUACAAGAGACAGUGGCCUCCUCAGCCAUCCUGGCUUGACUGGAUCAGCCGAGGGACCAGGUCCUAGCAGGGCAGGGUGAUGAAGGCCUGUACCUCUCUAGCACUUGGGAGGCUAAGGCAAGAGGAUUGCUGUGAGUUUAGUGAUCUGGGUUGCAGAGUGAGACCUCAUCUCAGAAAGACAAAGGGCCAACUUCAAAGUCACACUCCCCCCCACACACACACACAGAUCAGUGGGCCCCUCUGUGGCCCUGGGGUGGUACACAGAGGCUCCCACUCCCACCAUAGUACCGUUCAGUGUUGUUGGUUUCCACAG